ACAGGGGUGCACCAGCGUGAUUUUUACUCUGACAGAAAUACAAUAUAAAUAGCUACAGAGACCGUAGGCUUGAAGUACUUGCAUGUCCUUUUCAGAGAUGCCAUCGUGUCAAUGCGCAAUUGCGCACCCAGGGAACCCUGAGCUGUGAGACCAGAGGCAACAGAGGGGCUUCAGGAAUACUGCAGCGACACACACAAAAUCCUACUGUAACCCCAUUCCCAUCAAACAGACUUCCAAAUCUCGUUUUUGUGAUCUUGUGAGCAUCCUCUAUGAAUUCCCCUGAGACCUCGUGGUGGAGGCUGUUUGGGGGACCGCUUCAUUUGUUGAAGACAUUUGGAGCCUGGGGAGGGUAAGCAUGGCUAUGUAUAGGAGACAAAUAUGUUGUGACUGCAACUCACGAUGACAGUUUGCGUCAGGACUGCGGAUGUUCUCAUGAAAAGUCUGGAUAUUUUAGAGGAAGCACCAUGGACGCAGCGGACAUAGUUGCUUCCGUUUUGGUUUUGGGGAUUAUUGUCGUAUCGUUGCUGUCCAACGUUGUGGUGCUGAUCUGCUUUCUUUACGACCCGGAGAUCCGCAAACAGGUACCUGGUCUUUUUAUUCUCAACCUGACGUUUUGCAACCUGUUGCUAAGCGUGUCCAACAUGCCACUAACUCUGAUUGGGCUCAUCACCACGGGCCAUCCCGGAGGCAGCGACUUCUGCCAAAUUGUGGGUUUCCUUGACACUUUUCUCACCACUAACUCCAUGCUCAGCAUGGCAGCUCUCAGCAUCGAUAGAUGGGUGGCAGUGGUGUUCCCUUUGAGCUACCACUCAAGAAUACGGCACCGGGAUGCAGUAUUAGCGUUGGCAUACACGUGGAUACACUCGCUUUGCUUCUCCACGGUGGCCACCUGUCGCUCCUGGGUCGGGUACCAUCACCUUUACGCAUCUUGCACUCUCUGCAAUGUCAGGGCGAGGGCAGCCGGAACGCAGUUCAUCAUUUUUACCGUGGCUUUGCACUGUCUCACGUUCCUCCUCACGCUGAUCGUGCUGUGUGUAACCUAUCUGAAAGUGUUGAAAGUUGCACGGUUUCACUGUAAACGCAUUGACGUGAUCACCAUGCAGACGUUGGUGCUGCUUGUGGAUAUUCACCCCAGUGUUCGCCAGAAAUGCUUGGAUGAGCAGAGGCAGAGGAGGCGGAGGGCCAUCAAGAAGAUCAGUACUUUCAUCGGCACAUUUGUGGUGUGUUUCACCCCCUAUGUCAUUACAAGAAUUGUAGAGCUCUUCUCCCCGUGGCCUAUAAGUCCUCACUGGGGUGUGCUGUCCAAAUGUCUGGCCUACAGCAAGGCAGCCAGCGACCCGUUUGUCUACUCUCUGCUGCGUCACCAGUACAGGAAGACCUGCAACUUGCUGGCUAACAAAGUCCUCAAGAGGAGUCCACUCAACUCCUCCUCACUCAGGACGGAGAACACUGCAGCGAGGAGCCAACACAACUCCAUCACAACCAACAACAUCCAACCAACUGCCAACAAGUCAGUGUGACUGUGAAGAUCAUCGCUUUCAGAGACACAAAUAGUGCUAAAUGGGUUUUUGAUGUUAGACGUUACUUUAAGUUGCACUCAGUUCAUGAGACAAUCAACAUAUUUGAUCUCUUUUUGUUGGUGCAACAUCAGGGCAAACUUACCAAAUUAUUUGUUGAAGGAAAUGGCUUUUAACAUUAAAACAUUUUCUCAUUGUCAACAAAUCCAAUGAAAAUAUCAAAACCACCGACACGACAUUCUAAACAGCCUGUUGCAACACAAGCUAAUGUGUUCCUACAGAGGAUAUCAUUCGGAUCACAAACAAAAACGUGGAAUGAAAAAUGCUUAAUCUAUAGAAGAUCAACUCUAGAUAAACUACAAUGCACAGUUUGCAAGGAACAAGGAAGUAAUCUAUAUAAGGCAAUAUAUAUCCUUUAACGAAGUAUGGAUGAACCAUUAUAGGACGUAUGUGUAUAUUGUAAUGGCAUAAAGUGUAAUACUGUCCGCAAGGAACGAAGGUUUCUAAUGAUAUAAGUUUGUAGCAUACUGGUAAAUGUGUUUCGAACACUUUAUGUUACAUGUAAAGCAACCCUGCAGGAUGGUAAGUAUGGUAAAUCCAAAUGUGGAUCAAGUUUGGAGUGUAGCCCCACCUCCAAAUGUCUAGACACAGGAACUUCUUAUCCCUGAAUAUUUUAGCAGGUCUUAACAAAGUAUUACCAUUCUCUGAUUCUUAAAGGUUGGAUUAAAUCAGUAAGGUAUUUACAUGUGAAUAAACCCAAGAGUAUUUUCAUUACCUCAAGUACAUAAGAAUAUUCACAUCAUAUGUAAAAAAUGUUUUACAUCCCACCUGAACAGAAUGGCUGCAUAUUUAAAUUAAAGUGUAACCUCUGACCUCAAUGUUGAUUCUCUGGCUGGAUAAAGGGAAUGGAUACUAUACAAAUAGAUGGUAAUUGUGCAGUAGAGUCAUGUUGUAUGCACUGCACUGAUGGUUUAAUUGCAAUUACUGUCCUUUGUAGCUGUGGGGUCUGAGUUCUAAAGUGCCUUUUAAACUAUGAGCUCUCUGAUUUAAUCCAAACACAACAGAGCAAACCUUCACAUUAUGUCGUUUUCUUGCUAUUCUGUACUGUGGUUGAGAGUGAUGAUAUAGUCUGUUAUGCAGUUUGGUCAUAUUGUAAGAAAGUUAUAAGUAAUGUUUCUUUUGUAAUACUCCCACAUUGUACUGUUGCAUCGGGCAAAACAGGGUGAAUAUUAUUUGAAUGUUGUAGCAACUAUUCAGUGAUGUGUAAUUAACAUUCCAGCUCAUGCCGUGGGAGCGGCUGUGCGAUGUUUGGGGUGUAAAAGUGAUACAUUUUGACAAAACUGGCAGAU